AAGCUCUGACAUCAUCUACUGAAGAUUCAGCCUGGACAGCCAAGGGGGUAUAUGUGUGGCCAAGGAUGAUGGCGGGGGCAUGAGCCCAAUGGAACAGCCAGGAACUGCAGCCAGCCCCGUCUCCAACAGCAUGUUCAGCUGGGUCAGCAAGGAUGCCCGCCGCAAGAAAGAGCCGGAGCUCUUCCAGACUGUGGCCGAGGGGCUGCGGCAGCUGUACGCGCAGAAGCUGCUGCCCCUGGAGGAGUACUACCGCUUCCACGAGUUCCACUCGCCCGCGCUGGAGGACGCUGACUUCGACAACAAGCCCAUGGUGCUCCUCGUGGGCCAGUACAGCACGGGCAAGACCACUUUCAUCCGGCACCUGAUCGAGCAAGACUUCCCGGGGAUGCGCAUCGGGCCCGAGCCCACCACCGACUCCUUCAUCGCCGUCAUGCACGGCCCCACCGAGGGCGUGGUGCCGGGCAACGCGCUUGUCGUCGACCCGCGGCGCCCCUUCCGCAAGCUCAACGCCUUCGGCAACGCCUUCCUCAACAGGUUCAUGUGUGCCCAGCUGCCCAACCCAGUCCUGGACAGUAUCAGCAUCAUUGACACUCCUGGGAUCCUGUCCGGGGAGAAACAGCGCAUCAGCAGAGGUUACGACUUUGCGGCUGUCCUGGAGUGGUUUGCCGAGCGGGUUGACCGCAUCAUCCUGCUCUUCGACGCCCACAAGCUGGACAUCUCUGAUGAGUUCUCGGAAGUCAUCAAGGCCCUCAAGAACCACGAGGACAAGAUCCGCGUGGUGCUCAACAAGGCCGACCAGAUCGAGACGCAGCAGCUGAUGCGGGUGUAUGGGGCCCUCAUGUGGUCCCUGGGGAAGAUCAUCAACACCCCCGAGGUGGUCAGGGUCUACAUCGGCUCCUUCUGGUCCCACCCGCUCCUCAUCCCCGACAACCGCAAGCUCUUUGAGGCCGAGGAGCAGGACCUCUUCAAAGACAUCCAGUCUCUGCCCCGAAACGCUGCCCUCAGGAAGCUCAAUGACCUGAUCAAGCGGGCGCGGCUGGCCAAGGUCCAUGCCUACAUCAUCAGCUCCCUCAAGAAGGAGAUGCCCAACGUCUUUGGGAAGGAGAGCAAGAAGAAAGAGCUGGUGAGCAACCUGGGAGAGAUCUACCAGAAGAUCGAACGGGAGCAUCAGAUCUCGCCUGGGGACUUCCCGAGCCUCCGCAAGAUGCAGGAGCUCCUACAGACCCAGGACUUCAGCAAGUUCCAGGCCUUGAAGCCCAAGCUGCUGGACACAGUGGAUGACAUGCUGGCCAACGACAUUGCCCGGCUGAUGGUGAUGGUGCGCCAGGAGGAGUCCCAGAUGCCCUCGCAGGCUGUCAAGGGCGGCGCCUUCGACGGCACCAUGAACGGGCCCUUUGGGCACGGCUAUGGUGAGGGGGCCGGCGAGGGCAUCGAUGACGUCGAGUGGGUGGUGGGCAAGGACAAGCCCACCUACGACGAGAUCUUCUACACGCUAUCCCCCGUCAACGGCAAGAUCACGGGCGCCAAUGCCAAGAAGGAGAUGGUGAAGUCCAAGCUGCCCAACACGGUGCUGGGGAAGAUCUGGAAGCUGGCCGACGUGGACAAGGACGGGCUGCUGGACGACGAGGAGUUCGCCCUGGCCAACCACCUCAUCAAGGUCAAGCUGGAGGGCCACGAGCUGCCCGCCGACCUGCCCCCACACCUGAUCCCACCCUCCAAGCGGAGGCACGAGUGACUGAGUGACCGGCCUCGCCCCAGCCACCCGCCAUCUCCACACCACCCAGCAGGCAGAGGCCUGGGAGGCAGAGACUGGGGGGAGGGGAAGGCUCACCAUUUCUCAAGGUCCAUAAAGACUGAGCGGAUGUUUCCUCAGCUCUUGAAAAGGAAAACCGCCAUCUUUCUUUUAAGGCUGUCCUGGGCCCGGCGGGGGAGGCAGGGGCGAUGCUCAGAUGUGAAUGAUGGAAUUUUGUGCACAAGAACUAUGGAUAUUUUUAAUAUAUAACGUUAGAGGCACGUUU